AUGUCGCGUGUCAACACCGAGGGCAUCCGCCAGCGCCCUAUACCCAAACCCGAGUCUGCCGUGGAACCCGAGAUCAACCUUACUUCGACAAAUGACAACCUCCAAGACGAGCACCACCCUGCUGGUCCUGUCAAACAUGGCCCUCUUAUGCAAUAUCUCCGUAUCGCUUGUUUCGCCCUCUUCUUCACUAUCGCUGCUCUAGCUGUCCACGCCGCCCAGCUCCUUGGUGCUCCCCUCUACUUCUACAACAAAGACUACUAUUAUUCCUGGCAGGCUGUCUGCAAGCAGUACUUUGGCCUUGUCCUCAUAUCUGGCACAUACAUCUUCGCUCCUACUGUUAUUCGCAUCUCCGGCGACGCUUCAGUCAGUGGACAACUCAGACAGCUCCCUGAUGGCCGUCUCGAAUGCGACUUUCCCGAACGCCUGGUCCUGAUCGCAAACCACCAGAUCUACACCGAUUGGACCUAUCUGUGGUGGGUCAGCUAUACCGCAGCAUGCCAUGGCCACAUCUACAUCAUCUUGAAAGAGAGCUUGAAAUACAUUCCAGUCAUCGGCCCUGCCAUGAUGUUCUACAACUUCAUCUUCAUGAGCAGGAAAUGGGCAAAGGAUCAACCGCGUCUAAAGCACCGUCUAGAAAAGCUGUCCACCAGACACACUGGUCCUGUUCUGGGACGAAAGGAUAAGAGUGGCUUGGAUCCCGCAUGGCUACUCAUCUUCCCUGAAGGCACCAACCUUAGUCCUAACACCCGCAACUCAUCCGCGAGAUGGAGCGAGAAGACUGGCAUACCAGAUAUGAAGCACCAGAUCCUGCCCCGCAGUACUGGUCUCCAUUUCUGUCUAGAAGAACUCAAAGACAGCGUGGAUUGGCUCUAUGACUGCACCAUUGCCUAUGAAGGCGUUCCUCGCGGUUCCUAUGGCGGCAAACUAUACACCCUCCGCUCCGUCUACUUCCAAGGUCGUGCCCCCAAAUCUGUAAACAUGCAUUGGCGCCGCUUCGCCGUUGCCGACAUUCCUCUCCACUCCAAGGAAGAGACUGAGAAGUGGCUUCUGGAGAGGUGGAGAGAGAAGGAUGACUUGAUCGAGUAUUAUCUCGAUCACGGAAGGUUCCCUGCUGAUCCUGCUGCUGUUGGGGCUAUCGAGAAGCCCGGGGAACAGAGUAAACACGCAACAUACAUUGAGACAGAGGUUAAACCCAAGUUCAUCUGGGAACCUUUGCAGUUGUUCGCACCAGUACUCUCGGCCUAUUUAUUGGGAAACAUCCUGAUAAAGUUUACUAAUUUGGUGUUGACGGGAAGAAUGAGCUCAAAUUAG